UAAACGCACGGUAUUCAGUUAGGUUUGUUAGUGCAUCAUGGAAUAAGAAUUUUAAUUUACAUCAAUGAAUCCACCCUUCUACUAACCAUGAACAAACAGAAAUUAAUUGAACCCUUAAAUUCAAUUUAGAAUUUGAUAAUAGUUGAGUAUUAUUGCUAAAAAGAUAAAAAGAACAUAUGUUUGAUCUUCCACAUUUAUUUGUAGAUAAUUUUGAACUAUGUAAUUUCAUUUAAAUUUUGAGGCACACUUAGCUUCCAAUACACAGCAUUUUACUUGUUUUAUUUUUUAUUUUUUGGACACCAUAUUCAUUUAGACCACUGGUCCUGACCGAGAAGGAAUAAGGGCAGCACAGGGAUUUCAAAGGUGUUAGUUGAAUCAAACUUUCGAUAAAUUUUGACUUUAGCGGCGCCGCAGGCCAAGGUAGACGCACAUUUAGCUCAGCCUCACACGGUUUUAACGUGCGUCUACCUUGUAAAAUAAACAGAGAAGUGUGCAAUGAGCGGUUGUUUUCUGAGCGUACUCCUGUGAUGGUUGGCGGUUGCGGUUGGUGGUGGCGUGGCGUGGCGGUUUCCCUUCGCGCGGUUCGCGGUUCGGACAGUUGGUUUCGGGUUGAGCCUGAUCGAGCUUACCAUCAAAUUUCAGAAUCCGAUGCAAGCCUGGCCUCUAACCCUCCAGGAUUCCUUUCCCAGCCACAUGCCAAGGAAAGCCCACCGAGGGACGCCCGCAGCAGCACCCACGGCCAUGGCGAGGCGGAACAAGCGUCGUCGCGUCCCAUCUUCCUCGGCUGCUGCACCCGAGGCGCCACCACAGCCGUCGCGCUACCCCACGCGGGCAGGCACCCGCAGGUCCUACGCGGAGCCCGAGGUCCCCGACUACGACGACUUCCUCUUCUGCGAUGACUGCGAGGAGGAGUUUGAAGGCGACUGCCCGGUCCACGGAGCCCUGGAGAUCAUUGCGGACACAGAGGUCGCCGUCGGCCACCCCGAGCGGGCCCUGCUCACGGUGCCGCCCCAGCUGGUAAUCGAGGCCAGCAAGAUCCCGGGUGCGGGGCGCGGCGUGUGGACCAAGCAGGCGGUGCCCAGGAGGGUGCGCUUCGGGCCGUACGAGGGCGACAACGUGCCUGCCAACAAGGAGACGGGCUACGGCUGGGAGAUUCGCCGCGAGGGCAAGGCCACCCACUGCGUCGACGCCCUGGACAUGGCCACGUCCAACUGGAUGAGGUUCGUCAACUGCGCGCGCCACUCGGGGGAGGAGAACCUGUACCCGUACCAGUACAAGGGGCACCUCUACUACCGGGUGGUGCGGGACAUCCCGCCCAACACGGAGCUGCUGGUCUGGUACGGGGACUCGUACGGCAGGGAGCUCGGCCUCGACCCCAAGCUCUACAAUGACCCCACGCAGGACACGCGAGCCCUCACCGGCAUCUUCCCGUGCGGCGCGUGCAAACUCUGCUUCGUCAGCCCCCUGCUGGUGGCCCAGCACCACCGCGUCGGCAGGUGUCAUGCGGAGAAAAGUCGGCGGCGGGCCUGUGGCGCCGGCGUGCUCAGCGGCGGGCCGACGGCGGGCGAAGAGCAGCGGGGAGUGGACCAGGGCGCUCCAGCCGAGGCCAGCAGCGCGGACAAGCCUCACCGCUGUGCCACCUGCAGGGCCACCUUCAAGCACCAGAGGGACCUCCGCAACCACACGAGGACACAAACUGAUGGUAUAAAACCCUACAAUUGUUCAAGCUGUAUCGCCAGCUUCUGGCGGAGUGGCAACUUGCGCUCACACUUGAGGACACACACUGGUGAAAAACCCUACAGUUGUCAAAGUUGUGGCGCCAGCUUCGCGCAGAGUGGCGCGUUACGCAGACACAUGAGGUCACACACUGGUGAGAAACUCUACAGUUGUCAAAGCUGUGGCGCCAGCUUCAGGGAGAGCGGCAACUUACGCAAACACACGAGGACACACACGGGUGAAAAACCCUACAGUUGUCAAAGCUGUGGCGCCAGCUUCCGGUAG